CCGAGCGGGGAGACCAGGCUCCCGCGCCGGAAACGAGGCACCGGGCGUGACGUCACUGCGGCCGCGGCGGUCGCUUCCCAGAAGGCACCGCGCCUCGACGUUCUCCUCUAAUGACGGCGGCGCGCACCUGCGGUCGCCGGCGACGGCUUGGCAGCUGACAGAUUACUUUGGUAAGAAGAGGCCCGUGAAGCUCUGCGGAAAGGAGUGUGGUGUGUGGUGUAAGACAAUGGCUGCAAAAGUGGUUCCUCUGCCCCCAAAGCCAAAGCAGGCCUUUAUACUGAGAGUUCCUCCAGAGUCUAAGUUGGGCCAAGACCUACUUCGAGAAGCUACUAGUCGGCCCAAGACUAUCCACCAGCUGGUUCUGGAGCACUUCCUCUCCUUCUUACCCAAGCCAGGCCUAGUCCAGCCCAAUGAGAAAGUCGAGAAGACCUUGGUUAUUGUGACUUCAAGACAUGAGAACGGAGUGCAACCUCAUCCUUUUGUGAAGUUUUUGCCCAGAGAGGGAACCUGGCAGGAACAGGAGACAGCGCCUCUGUGUCUGAAAGACAAGCCCGAGGACCUGGAAGUCUUUGAGGAUUUGAAUGUAUUUCACUGCCAAGAAGAGUGUGUCAGCCUGGAUGCUGCCCAACAGCCUACCUCAGACAAGGAAGAGCACAGUGUUGGUGAGAUGGUGUUACUGGUUAACAGUAAUUCUGAUGCUGAAGAUCUUCAGAAGGAAUCUGUAGAGAAUGAAGAUCAUAGAGAAGAGUCAUUGGAUUGUGAUGAAAUAGAUUGUUCCAUGGUCUCUGAGCAACCUCCAACUUGCCAUGAAGAAGAAAGACUAACAUAUAUUCCAAAGGAAAGGAAAAUGAAUGAUCUUUUAGUUACUGUUGAAAAUGAUUCUCCGUUAGAGGAACUCUCAAAAUUUGUGGAUAUCAGUAUUAUAGCGCUUACCCAAAAUCGGAAAACCAGAAGAUGGUAUACUUGCCCGCUGUGUGGAAAACAAUUUAAUGAAAGUUCUUAUCUUAUUUCCCACCAGAGGACUCACACUGGGGAAAAACCUUACAACUGUAGUCGCUGUGGGAAAAGCUUCAAUCAUAAAACAAACCUUAAUAAACAUGAACGAAUCCAUACAGGGGAGAAACCUUACUCAUGUUCGCAGUGUGGAAAAAACUUUCGCCAGAAUUCUCAUCGGAGUCGCCAUGAGGGAAUCCAUCUAAGGGAAAUGAUAUUUAAGUGUCCAGAAUGUGGGAAAACCUUCCCAGGUAGUGAAGAACUUUUAUUUCACCUGCAGAGUCAUGAGGCUGUGAGGCCAUAUGGGUGCAAAAGAUGUGGGAGAAGAUUUGGUCGACUGUCAAACUGUACCCGGCAUGAAAAAAACCAGCUGGCAUGUAAGACCCAAAAACAGAAGUGGGAUCGAGAAAGGUCUGAUGGUCCUGCCUCAGCCUGAAAUAUUGAUAAGGAAUGUGAAAUCCUCUGUAGCCAAAGUUGGAUAAAUACCUGUCUUGGCUGAAACCUCAAAUUUUUAGAAAAUUCACAGGGAAGAAAACAUACUCAAGGGCUAUACCUCAGCAUCCAGAUUUUUGGACUAAUGAGAGGGGUGUGUGUGUGUAUACGUGUACACAACAAUGUAAGGUCACAAUCCCUUUCCCUAGAAAGGCUUUGAAUGUGAGUUUGGAGACUGCUUAUCUGCUGCAAGGUAAACAGCAUGACUCAUGUACUAAAAGUUAUCCAUUCCCCCCCACACCCCAUAUAGGACUUCAAAUUUGAGUAAAGAGAAAUAAUGCAAAGGUUAUCCAAAAUUCUGUACCUGAAAGAACCGCACUACUGAUUGCUUAAGCCAACAGCUAUUAGCAAUUCAUAUGACCCUCAGCUCAUUAAAGCAUAAUUGUUGAAGGGGAUUGUUUACUCUUUGGAUGUAGAAAAACAGCAAUUGAAUAUCAAAGACUUACUGUCAUUUGUAUGUGAUUUAAACUAAUCAGUUCAGAAAUUGCAGUUUGGUGAAAAGCGACUGUUUUACAGAAAUCCUUUUCACAAUAUAAUUAAAAGUGUUUACUGUUCUUGCCACAUUUUGUCCAGCUAUUAAUUGCUCAGACAACUCUCAUGCCUUUUAAUUGCCAAAUGGAUUUUGGAUUGCUCAGGACUGGCUACAAACUCACAGUUGGAAAAGCUCUU